AUACUUGUAAUGUCUGUAAGUGAGAAAAAUUAUUUAAAUGGCAUCGAUGCUAUUCAAUUUUUUAAAUGAGCUAGUACUACAUAAACUGUGUAACAUUUUUACGAAUCAAAGACUUGAUUAACACGCAUCGUUAUCCAUGCGUUUGCAUAUUCAUUUAUGUGUCAAGGAAAUGUAAACUUCACAAAUAUUUACUGAAUAAUAUGUAACGUCUUCCUUAUGCUAAAACUAUGAAUGUGAAAACUUUCGUUUAGAUAAUGACAAAACCUCAAAUUCCAAAAUUGAUCGAAUACCACUGUUUGUGAUUCUGGCAUAAGGGAUAACCCGGAUAACAGAAAAAAAAUUGGACAAAAUGGCAGUUUCGUACAGAAAAAAAAUAUUACCAUUAUAUACGUCUGUAAAUACGAGACAAUGUUGAGUGAAUAUUAAUGUAGAAAGUGUCUGGAGCUGUACAAUCAAGAAGGCGUCACAAGACGCUUCUCGAUCAUUCAAGUUAAAUACAAUUAACGCAACAAUAAAAGGAGCAGAUAAGAAAGGCGAAAAAAUGUCGAACCAGUCGUACAGUAUUGUCAAAUAUUCCUCCGAACAGAAAAGAGACAGAUGUGGUUAUUGCAAAAGUCCUGAUACAAACUUUAGUUAUGGUAUGUGGGCAGAAACUCUGACUGUACAAGACUAUCAAGCUUUAAUAGAUAGAGGUUGGAGAAGAAGCGGUCAUUAUUGUUACAAACCCCAUAUGGAUCAAACUUGUUGUCCUGCCUACACUAUCAGAUGUGAAGCACUUAAGUUCAACAUUUCUAAAUCCCAAAAAAAGAUCUUGAAAAGAAUGGGAAAAUUUUUAAGAAACGAACUACAGAAUGACGAUAUUAUGGACACAAGUGAAGAUCACAGAGAUGUCAGAGACAUUGGAGAAUUCCCUAUUUAUAAUAAACAUCUUCAAGAAACUGAAGAGAAUGCUUCUGAAAUGAAUGUAAAGUCGGUUAGCGACAAAGUUAAUUUAAGAUUACAGCCCAAUGUACUAGAUAAAGAAAAAACGAACAAUCUAGAAAAUCAACAAAAGCAGUCAGAAAGUGUACCUUGUGCGUCAAAUCAUAAUGAAGAUUUACAUGUUGCAUCUCAAAGUGUAAAAUCGAUAGAAAUGAAUUCUAGUAGAGGACCCUGUAAGAAAGCUAAACUUUUACGCAUUGAACGUAAACAAAAAAAGUUAUUAGCCCAAGGAAAAACUCCGAAUGAAAUAGAGGCUAUUUUUAAAGAACGCAAACAACAAAAUCAUGCUAAAAGUAUAGAGGAAUUGUUCAGUGAUAUGUAUGGUGAAACAAAUAGAUUGAAGCUGAAACUAGUUAGAACCUCGCCAAUGAGCUCUGGAUACCAAAAGACUUCAAAAAUAUCUUAUAUGGUAUAUAAAAAGUUUGAAACAAUAAUACUUGGAGAACCAACAGCGAAGGUUACAGAGGAACGGUACACGAGAUUUCUUGUGAGAUCGCCUUUACAGAUGAAAUUGGUGAAAGUAAUGACUGACGAAUUUACUGAUACUUUCGAUGCGAGUGCAAAACUUUAUCAAAAAUAUCAAAUGGCCAUCCACGGAGAAUCGUCGGAGGAAUGCGAUGAAAUGUCAUUCGUCAACUUUCUCGUAAAAAAUUCGUUACAGCAAUGGAAACCGAACGAUGGCCCCCCCUGCGGAUACGGUUCUUUCCAUGAACAAUAUUGGUUAGACAAUGAACUGAUAGCAGUUGGAGUGAUAGAUAUUUUACCAUCUUGUGUCUCGAGCGUUUACUUCUUUUACGAUCCAGCAUACUCUCAUCUUUCUCUUGGAACAUUUAGUUCCUUACGAGAAGUUUGCUUAACGAGAGAAUUAAAUCGAGCAUCAGAGAAUCUGAAAUAUUACUAUAUGGGAUUUUAUAUCCACACGUGCCCCAAGAUGCGAUAUAAAGCACGAAUGAAGCCAUCAAAGCUGUUGUGUCCUGAAACUUACGCAUGGUUUGAUAUAGAACCUUGUCUCAAAAAAUUGGACAAAGAAAAGUACAGCAGACUGAACGAUGAUAUUGAUGCUAUCGACGAAAAUGGCAUAGUUAAUGUUAACAAGGUUUACAUAUUACAUGGCCAGAUUGCAAUGACAUACAAAAUUUAUAAGGCGCGAACUCAACAUAUUAUCACAAAAGAAGACGAAGACAUUAUUGAAGAAUAUGCUCGUUUGGUUGGAAUGAAAUUGGCGCGAAGUUUGCUGUUUUAUCGCCGUUAGAACUAAGUCUGCAAACAGUUACAAUUAAUAUAUUUCUUUUUUGUAAUGAGAAAUAA